AUGCUGUCCCUCUCCUCUCCGUACCCUUCAAUACCGCGCUCCUCGUCCCCACUCAACCCCCUCCGCUCAUCAUCUCCGCCUCACCCACUCUCGUCCCCCACGCCCUCGGCCCACAAUCCCCUCCCGUUGACAUUCAUGUCGCCUUCUCACGCCGGGUCGUCACCGCGUCCCUUGUCGGCGAGAUAUACGCGCGGCUCGACUACGCGCGGCUCACCACGGCCCACUGCGCCAAAGCCGUCGCGCGAAUUAAUUCUGCCUGACCUCUUCACAGAGAGCGGCAACACUCCCACCCAGGGCGCAAUGUGGUGUAACCGGCUGGCGCGGCGGAUGGCCGACCGCGAGCGCAAGAAGCAGCGGCGCGAGGACGCGCUCACGCGCUUCCGCGGGAUGACGGACCACGAGGAGCCCGAGGACGAAGACGAGCGCGAGCGCCAGGCGCAGGCUGACGACGAGGAGAUCUUCCGCCGCCUGAUGGUUCUCCAGCGCCGCCGGGAACAGCACGCAGCGCUCGUGUCGCACGAGACCGAGACGGGAGGGAGUGACCCCGCACUCCCUGACAUCUGGGAGGAGGAGGUAGACGCGCUCGCACGCGAGGAGCGCGCCCUGUACCAGCACCUGAACGCGAGCUUCGCCGACGACGACGAGUGGGCGCGUGAAGCAGCUGCUGCAGAAGAGGCGGAGGCGUCUGCUGAGGCCGCGGAGCUUGCGUGGGCGGAGCAGGCGGAGCGUCAAGCCCGUGGGCCCGAUGAGUUUGACGAGGCCGAUUGGGCGGCAAUCGCUGCGCUGCAGGACGAGGCCGAGCCUAUGGACAUUGAAUAA